UCGACAAAUCAACUAGUAGCACAGCACACGGACAGCCACACCAAACACACACUCAAAUUGCACGGUAUAACUAUCACUUAAUUCAAAUUUAUUGUAACCAUGGCGAUGGAAACUAUUUUGGGGAUUAAGGGACCCAACUUUGUGAUGCUCGCUUCGGACACGAUGCAGGCUAAGUCCCUGAUUUUUAUGAAGGAUGAUCAGUCGAAAAUACACCGACUCUCGGACUUCAAUAUAAUGGCCACAGUGGGCGAUGGGGGCGAUACCAUUCAGUUCACUGACUACAUCUCCAAGAACCUGCACCUGUACAAGAUUGCCAAUGGAUACCACCUCAGUGCCAAGGCAGCGGCUCAUUUCACGCGCAAGACACUGGCGGAUUACAUAAGGACGAACACCCGGUACCAGGUGGCCAUGCUGCUGGCAGGAUUCGAUGCCGUCGAGGGUCCUGACCUGCACUACAUCGACUCCUAUGGCGCCGCUCAGCCCAUCAACCAUGCAGGACACGGUUGGGGCAGCAUGUUCUGCGGCAGUAUCCUGCAGAGAUUCUGGCACUCGCAGCUCACCGAAACGGAGGCCUACUCCCUGAUGAGGAAGUGCGUCAUGGAGAUCCAGAGGCGCCUGAUCAUCAACCAGCGCAACUUCGAGGUCUACGUGGUGGACAGCCAGGGAAUGCGCAAGAUGGAGGCCAUCAAUCCAGGAUCACUCAGCAAGGAGGCGAUUAGCCUGUGCUGGUAGAGCGGGAAACAUUUAAAUCCUCGGCAGCCCAACAUCCUCUAAUUCCUAAUAAUUGUGCCGUUGCUUUUUCGGCAAACUUUCACUGCGAUGCUCGAACAAUUUCCCAGGGAUUAGUUGACGUGA